AAUAUUAAAUUUCCAAGAUGGCGGACAAGAUGGAGUUAAAAUUGUUGUUUAUAUUUUUAUUUCUUCCUUCAACGACGCUGGGAUAUUUUAUUACAGUAGAGGCUCAUGAUGAACAAUGCUUUUAUGAUAAAGUUACUUCAGGAACUAAAAUGGGCUUGCUGUUUGAAGUGGCUGAAGGAGGAUUCCGAGAUAUAGACGUCACGGUGAGAUGAUGAACUGUCAGAUAUAUUUAUAGUACUGUACAUUAUGUUCUUUUACUGGAUGGCUUUAUCAUUAUUCUCCCGAAAGGGUCAGUAUUAAAAGGGCCACUCGUUAUUUAUCCAGCGUUACAACAGGAAUGAAACUAAACUAACUUUUAAAGCUGUUCUAUACAGUAUACUGUUCUUGAUACUAGAAGUUCAAGUCCACUUAAUCCAGUAGGAACCAUAGCCAGAAGAUUGAAAAAAUCGGCAAUUUAAUGAAAUUGGGAAUUUCAGUUAGCCUGCAACAUUCAGACUAGAGUUACGGAGUAUCGUAUCGCUCGGCUUAGAUAUCGGCGGUGCAAUUUUGAUGCUUCUAUAUAUUUACUACUAAAUUUUCGAAAUCUUGGCCAUGCAAUUUCCAAACUUUCCAGUCGGGAGCGAGGCAGCAGCUAGCGCCAGCUGAGUUAAAUUGAAUUUAGUUUGAAGUGCAAAUCACCUAGCUGACACUAAAUACCAAAGUUUUAUUGUUUCAGUACUAAACUUCAAUGAAUAAAUUCCAUCUCCCCUAACUUAUUAACCCAUUGAGCGGCAUUGCUCUUCCCUUGACAAGUAAAAUUGUCUGGCGUUAGACAGAGUCAAAUAAUAAAGGAGGGCGCAAUGUGACUCAGUGGCUUAAUAUAUUUUUAAAAUUUAGAUCAUAGGUCCUGAUCAGAAGAUCAUUUAUACUGGGGAGAAAGAAAGUAGUGGGAAGUACACAUUUGCGGCAUAUACAGAUGGCAUGUAUAGAUAUUGUUUUAGUAACAGAGUGUCAACGAUGGAUCGUAAGUUGUUGAAAUUUAACAUGGAGAUAGGAGACCCACCUCACGAUCAAAUAAAGAAAAACGAAGGUACGUUACUUGAAAGGUUAACCCGAUCUGUUCUUAUAUAAUUGUUUGUAUCUAAGGAUGAGCACAUUUUAUAAUAGACAACUUAAUGUUUCAAUGGAGAAAAAAGUCUAGACAAAAAUUUCAUCACAGUUUGAAAGAGCAUCACAAAAUUAGUAAUAUUCCAAAGUUAGGAAAUGUUGCAUGUAAAAUGCGGAUAAUAUAGCCUUGCGAAGUUUGCCGUUUUUCAGUCAUUUUGUAUUACAAACAGGAAAUUGAUAGCCCCAAAGGGUAUUGGGCUGUCAAUUUCCCCCGCAUAAUGCAAAAUGACUGAAAAACGGCAAACUUCACAAGGCUAUAUUAUCCGCAUUUUACAAGUCAUUUCGCAACAAUACUUUGGAAUAUUACUAAUUUUGUGAUGCUCUUUCAAGCUGUGAUGAAUACCGGUAAUGCAAACGGUCCAUUAUCUAUAGUUAAACAUGAUGGGGCCUUCAUGAAUGGUGCAGUCAUCUUAGCAUUUAAGCACUUUUAACCUAUGAGAUUGGGUUUGAUUCUCAAGUUUCCCACUCAUGUGAAAAGAGUUGGUCAACGCUCUGCCGAAAGUCGUGGGUUUUCUCCAGGUGCUUCAUUUUCCUCCCACAGGGAAAGUUGACAGGGUGGGUUAGGAUAAACACAGUUAGGAAAGUAAUAUCACAAUUGUUGUAAAGAUAAAUAGUCUAGGCCAAAUAUAUGUAAUUAGGUAAUUAAGCGUAAUUCUCGAUGCAAAGCGCAUUCCAUCAUAUCGAUAUGUAAAUUUGCGCUAUAGAAAUUUGAAUCUUAUAAUGAUUGGGUUGUUGAAACAUGUUAAAUGUUUUUGAGAAGCUUUGCAUGAGAAUAAAAAAAUGUUUUGGGCUCCAUUUCCAAAGUGAUAAGUUAGUCUCGCCAGCACUGUUAUUGUAUUGGGAAAUAUUGUUUUAUUAAUUUAGAACAUCAAGAUAAACUAAACAAUAUGAUUGAAGAGUUAUCAACAGUUCUAGCCGGAGUCAAACAUGAACAGGAGUAUAUGGAAAUACGAGAUGACGUCCAUAGAGCAAGUGAGUUUUUUCCUCAUUUGUAAGCAGGUAUAGACACUCUGGCUAUUAAUUGGUAAUUACAUUAUUACAUUAUAAUCUGGGCAUUAAAAUUUUUAGCAGUACUUAUCCAUGAGCAAUACCUGGUUUUGAAUUUGAUAUCCAAUUUUUUAAGUUAGUAUCCCACCUAAGAAUAGCUUAAUUCACACUAUUGCAAAGCAUGACGUUUUGCACAUGCAUGAAAUGCCUGAAUUUCAAGACGUAAUUGUACUUGCAAAUCUAGGGAAAUUCUUGAAUCUAACAAUGCAGUCAGGCCUUAAAAUAUCAGUUGGUCACGGACAUUGUCCGACCCAUUCGCGAAAUUGUCUGACGUAGUGAGGAAACCACCGGACAUUCUGUCCGACCUAAUUGAAACUGAGGUUUAUUGUUUGUCCGACCCGAGUGUAUUGGUGUCCGACCGAAUGGUAACUUUGUCCAACGUAAAUCAAUAUGUCGUCAGCGGCGAGCAAAAUGGUGAAGUGGAAAACGAACUUAAGUGUUGACAUCUUACUAUUGUUAUUGGCAUGCAAGUUAAUUUUGGCUUGGAAAUAAGUAUGAAUGACACAAAUUAUUUAAUAUCUUCACAACAUUUACAAUUCAGAAUUAAUACAUUAUGCUGAUAUUUGUGUCAUUCAGACUUAUUUCCGAGCCAAACUGGACCGAAGGUCAUCGGACAUCAUCAUACAUAUGUCCGACCCAAACUCUAAGUCAUCGAACAUUUUGUCAGACGGCCCUGUAAAAGAUAUUUUAAGGCCUGGGCCAGUAACACAAACACUAACAAUUAUAUCUUGAAAUUUUCGUACGGAGUUUACUCUGUGAUCAGGUUAAGACUAAGUGCAAUAUAUUGUCUUUAUUGUCAAUUUAUUUGUAUUUUAUGCAAGCUGUUCAGACAAUAUAUUAUAGUGUUUUAAAACCUGAUGAUGGAGUAAACUCCGAACUAUUGUUUUUAAUAAAAAAAUUUAAGCCUUGUUCUUUGUCAUCAAUUAUCUCAAUCUUUUUACAGUUAAUGACAACACAAACAGCCGUGUCGUGUGGUGGUCAUUCUUUGAAUCUCUGGUCCUGGUGGCGAUGACAGUUGGACAAGUAUAUUACCUUAAACGAUUCUUCGAAGUCAAACGUGUUGUUUAAGUAAUGUAGUUAGCAACUUUUAUGUACAGAUUAGAAAAUACAAACAGUAAGAGUGUGGAAAGUUUGUUUUAUUUCUUUGUUUAGUUGUGAAACAAAUACUGUAAGACAUCAAUGAGUAUCUUCUACAGGAAUGGUUCACUUAAAUAAAUCCAAGAGAUGACUUUAUGUAAAUUUUCUUUUUGUGGAGUUAUUUAUUUUCAUUCCAAUAAUUCCUUUACGUUUCUUUUUGACAGAAAUUCCUAGAAUCAAGAGACAAAUAUUAUCAUUUAAUUAAUUAGAUAAACUAAUUAAUAACAAACUAUAAUAUAAAAGUAAAUCAAUUGCCCUGAUAAUACUAAUUUGCAACAAUAUUUUCCAGAAUGAGCCUACCUGUAUAAAAUGUCUGAGGUGGUAUAACUCUGGCUGGUUCUGUCAGUUCUAUGCCUCUUGAAGUCACUGCUUUUCUGAAUUCUUGAAACUAGA